AUGUCGGACAGCCAGCCACAGGAGGCUCUGGAAGGACAGAGAAAAGACGGCACGCUCCAGCCUCAGCCAAGUUCCGAAGUCCAUCAGAAGCUAUUCCGCAAGAUCCUCGAUCGAUGGGGUCAUUAUUGCGACUUGGUCGCAAACGGUGAAGAAGCAGUCGUGGCUUACAAGAAAGGGCACCAGACUUACCAGUGCAUUUUGAUGCGUUCACACAUGACGGUAAUGGAUGGUAUGGAGGCCACAAAGCUUAUUCGUGCAUUUGAAGAGGAAAACGGCUUGGAAAAGGCGUGUAUUGUGGCUCUUACCAAUUGGCCACUGUUGCAAGAUAAGGACAGGUUGCAGAAGCUCGGGUUCACUGCGGCAAUACAAAUAAUAGCCUUCAGCCCGAAGGAGCUGAAUGGUCUUCUAGAAGAGCUGGGCCUUCUCCGCGAGGUUUGA